GCAUUGUGUAUUUAAAAAAGACGGUGGAAAGACAGGUUUUAGGAAUAUAUUUUUUCCUUUUGCGUCAAAACCCAGCUUUCCUUAAGCUCAUCCAUAAUCCCAAAUCAGCUGAUAUUCUCUUCUGAAUGUGUCAGCAGUCUGAAUGUGUCAGCAGUCAUGUUAAGCUUGACCCAUAUUUGAAGCAUUAACAUGAGUUUCGAUACCAUUCCCUCCAAAAAGGGUUUAUUAGAAUUUUUCUUCAUAUGUACGUGUGAAACUAUGAACAACCAGCCAGCGUCCAAUGGAUAUAAACAAGCACAAGAAAUAUAGUACUAUCGGAUUAUUUAUAUUAUCAAAGAUAUUAGAAAUUACAAGGGAAUCGAUGCCAAUGCAAAGGCAAUAGAGGAUUAUCUUCUGCGAUUGGGGUUGUGUUCCAUCAUCAUUUGAUCUUAUUUUCUUUUGUCUUUAUAUUAUAAAGCUUGAGCAAACUUAUUUGUAUGGCUAGCUUAAUUGCCAGAGCAUUGGGCUCCUUAUUAUCGGUCAUCGCUUACUGUAUCUAUGGCUACCGAGGCAAGAAGAAAAGCGUCAGCACCAACAUCAAUUACUGCAACUUCAACAUGCCCAAGGGUCGACCACCACUUUCUUUGCAGACUGUGGACCUCAAAGUUAGGAUGUGCUGCACUGGUUGCGAGAGAAUAGUGAAGAACGCCAUUUACAAGCUUAGAGGGAUAGAUUCGGUGGAAGUGGACCUAGAAAUGGAAAAAGUGACGGUGAUCGGGUACGUUGAUCGGAACAUGGUGCUGAAACGAGUGAGGAGGGCUGGAAAGAGGGCUGAAUUCUGGCCCUACCCGGAUCCUCCUUUGUACUUCACCUCCACCACCGAAUACUUUAAAGACACAACAAACGAGUUCAGGGAGAGUUACAACUAUUACAGGCAUGGUUACAACCUGGGACAUAGGCAUGGCAACAUUCCAAUGACGCAUCGUGGAGAUGACAAGGUCAGCAACUUUUUCAACGACGACAAUGUCAAUGCGUGCUGCCUCAUGUAAAAAACUUGAUAUUUUCAUUUCCAUCAUCAUGUAAAUAUUAUUUGCAUUCAUAACUCUGAAUUUCAUCUAUGUUUAUUAUUAAUUAUCAUGUACUAAUUACUGUGGUUAAUAUGUAAACUAUAACUCUUUUUAUGCGAAAUCACGAACCACAAGGCUGAAUCGGAAGAA